AUGGAUUACACCGCCGAGGGUAAACCAGGCGGUCGACGGGUCGUUUUUACGGCCGACCCUGAGAACAUCAAAGCCAUCCUGGCCACCCAAUUCGUUGACUAUGGCAAAGGCAAGCCCUUCCACGAUGAGUGGAAAGACUUCCUGGGUGAUUCGAUCUUCACCACGGAUCUAGAUCAAUGGCAUGAUUCUCGACAGCUGAUUCGACCGCAAUUUAUCAAGGAUCGCGUCAGUGAUCUGGCGGUGUUUGAAGAGCAUGUGCAGAAACUUAUCAGCGAGAUGGUCAAGGCUGGGCGGACACUCGAUGGCAGGCAGGGACAGCCGUUCGAUGUAAGCGAUUUGUUCUUCCGAUAUACACUGGAUGCUGCAACGCACUUUCUGCUGGGGAACAGCGUGAACAGUCUCGACAACCCAGAGGAGCAAUUUGCGGAGGCUUUCUCGGAAGUGCAGCGGGUGCAGAGUAUUAUUACUCGAGCUGGACCCUUCAACCCUCUCAUCCCUAGAAAGACCUUUUUCAAAAAGCUCAAGGUCCUCAAUGAGUUCCUCACCCCAUUUAUCGACCAAACACUGCUUCUCUCACCCGAAGAGCUCGCCUCGAAGACUAAGUCCGAUGAAGGGUACAACUUCCUCCACGCUCUUGCAGGUUUCACCCGCGACCGCAAGGUUCUCCGUGAUCAACUCAUUGCAGUCCUCCUAGCCGGCCGAGAUACCACCGCUUCCACCCUAUCAUGGACAUUCUACGAGCUGGCUCGGAACCCUGAAGUUGUCAAGAAGCUACGAAAGGAGAUCAUCGAUUGUGUUGGUCUAACCAAGGCACCAACUUACAAUGACCUAAAGAGCAUGAAAUAUCUCCAAAACACCAUGAACGAAACCCUCCGCCUCUACCCCUCCGUCCCAUUCAACGUCCGCCUCGCCCUAAAAGACACCACCCUUCCCCGAGGCGGCGGCCCCGACGGCCUCUCCCCUAUCGGCAUCCUCAAAGACACACCCAUCGGCUACUCCACCCUCCUCAUGCAACGCCGACCCGACCUAACCCCCGAUGUUGAGACCUUCUCGCCCGAUCGCUGGGAGACCUGGCAACCCAAACCAUGGCACUACAUCCCCUUCAACGGCGGGCCCAGAAUCUGCAUCGGCCAGCAGUUCGCACUAACCGAGAUGGGGUAUACCAUCGUGAGACUACUCCAGAGGUUCGAAAGGGUAGAGAAUCACAUGGGCGCAGUAGAUAACGGCGAUCCUUGUCUAAAGGCCGAGAUUGUCCUACAGCCUGGCCAAGGUGUAACUGUUGGUUUCUUUGAGCCGGAGGGGGGCGCUAAGUAA